AUGGAGACCCGAGCAGCUCCUCAGGCUUUUCUGUCGAGCUACGCGCCUCGACUGCGCGCCUACAACAACUCCCUACUUACGCCCGCCCUUUCGACGGUCCAAUCCGGGCCCCAGUCUCGAACCACCAAGCGAGGCACCACAGUCAUCAACUACGCCGAGGACGGCUACGACUACGAUGACGACGACGACGACGAUCGCAGGAGGCCGACAGGGCUGCGCAGCUUGCGCCGCGAGGACAGCAAUGCAGCCUUCGGCUCGAGCGACAGGGUCAGCAAGGAGACGCGCGCGCCCGUCGCCGUCCAGGGCAUAUGGAGAGAUUGGAUGCUGAAGAGCAAGCAGCGCUCCGACCUAGGCAACCAGGCACAGGCACAGAUGCCUGUCACGCUCAUUCCCAUCCGGAUCGAUGUCGACAUUCCGGCUUUCAUCCCUGCCGCCCCGUUCCCGAUGCCGAGGGGCAGCACCCAGUUGACUCCCCAGAUGGAUGUAUCGCUGUACCGCACAGGCGAACUGACGGUGCCUUACAAACUGAGGGACAUCUUCCUGUGGAACCUGCACGAGACCGUCAUCACCACAGACCAGUUCGCGACCACCCUUGUUCAGGAUCUCGACCUUCCCAACCAAGGGGCCAUUGCCAACGAGAUCAGCAAGCAGAUACGGACGCAGCUUGAGGAAUAUGCUGGCGUCGCUCUCCACCCCCUCUUUCACUCGGAAGAUGCUACUCCCAAGCCCACCACCAACGUAGGGGCUGUCGCCGCUGCUCUGCAGUCUUCGCUCCGCGAUAGCCCAGCCACUCCCGCGACGCCGGUUCAUGCCCCUGUCUCCGCCCUCGGUGGCUUCAGUACGCCCAUUCCAAACGGUGCCGAGACACCAUCCAAGGCGCCUACUUCGACCGUCCCCGAAGUGACGGCCACAGCAACUCCGAUCCCCGCCGACAUCGAUGAUUCUAGCCCGGACGACACCUACCGAUGCAUAGUGACUCUCAACAUCAAUCUUGCCUCCAACCUCUAUACUGACAAGUUUGAGUGGUCUCUGCUGCAUCCACCUGGAACCGCCGAGGCCUUUGCCAAGGUCACAUGCAACGAUCUCGGUCUGACUGGAGAGUGGAUCCCCGCCAUGACCCACGCCAUCUACGAAUCUGUCUUGCGGCUGAAGAAAGAAGCCUGCGAAGCUGGCGGAUUGGUGACUGGGUGGGGCGCGACGGGCUCUGAGUUUCCGAAUGACGCAGCUCACGGGGCUGAUGCUGGAUGGCGAUACGACCCCGAACAUAUUGCAGACGAAUGGGAGCCCAAGAUCGAGAUUCUCUCCAAAGAGGAAAUGGAGAAGCGUGAGGGUGACCGUGAACGCCAGAUCCGCCGUCUUCGUCGUGAGACUGCUCGUUUCAGCAGCAACGCUGGCAUGCUUGGAGGAAUGCCUCUGGGUGGUAGCUUUGGGGUUGAGAUCGAAGAAGAGAGAAUGGGACGGGGCGAGCGUUCCAAGAAGAAGCGCAGAUUCAGGAGUCUGAGUCCUCUGGCCCGAUCAGGAACGCCCGGUGGUCGGGGAACGCCAGAUGUUGGGUAUGGCGGUGGCGGCAUCGGAUCCCUCACCGAUCAAGAAAGACUGAACUGGCGUUGCACACACUGUCGCAUAUGGGGUACGAGUGUUUGGGCAGUACGCGAUGGCCCUUACGGUCCAAGAUCUCUGUGCGCCAACUGUGGUCGCCUCUACGAGCAGAACCAAAAACUUCCUCGGUGGACACAGAAUCUGCAUUGGCAUGAUCUGCGCCCGCUAUGA